UUUAAUUCUUUUACAGAUAAAACAAAUUUCAACAAAUUAAAAAGCUUUUACAAAUUUAAACAGCGCAUUUAAAAGUUUAAUUGACAGAACAAAUUGAUUGAAAAUAAACGAAAAAAUAAACUUUAUUAAGGACAAUUGGAGUGAUAGCGUGUUUUAGAAGAAAAACUUCCAUCAUAAUUUGUUUGCAACAAUUUACAAACUGCAUACGCAAAUUGCGUCAUGUCCGCAACUUCGACUAGUACAGCACCACUUCAUCAUCAGCAGACGCAAAAGACUACCAAUCCAAAACUACAACAAUCAACCUACAAUAAUCACCAACAACAAGAGCCUGACAUAACAAAGGAGGAAUUCGAACGGAUAUCGGAAGCUCUUAAAAAAGAGGAAUUUCGUAAAUUAUUCCUUGAUUAUAUCGAAGAAAUCCAAGAUCCCGAAAAUCGUAAACGUUAUGAAGAGGAAAUCAAACAAAUUGAAGCUGAACGUGGUGUUGAUGUAGUUUUCAUACAUCCAGAACCUGGAUUUGUUAUAAAAACUUCACAGGAUGGUAGUCAGAAAUGUUUUAUUAAUUGUGCGAAGAGUGAACAUGUAGCUAAGCCAACAAAUCAAAUAUGUUUGGACCCUAAGACAGGUACACGUGGCCUAAACUGGUCUAUACCGAUGGCUCAGGCACCACCACGUGAUGAUUUGGAUAAUAGCAAGAAACGUUGUCGGGUAUAUGAUGUUGUCUUCCAUCCGGAUGCUUUGUAUUUGGCCGAACGUAAUACAUCAUUUCAUAAGUGCCUUGUCGAUACAGCGCUGGAUGCUGUGGAGAGAGAAUAUAAGGUUACCUUAGAUCGUAUUAACAUCAAAUUUCCCAAACUACAAUUCAAGGGUAUUGCCCGACCAACUGUGAUACGUAAAUUGGCUAAAGAUCCACCAGCUGAAUGUGAAGAACCACAUCCGCUGGAGAAUAUUUAUCCAGCUAAACCCUCAGAUAAUGCUGGUAUACCCAAAGUUCUGCCUAUGAAAACAGUCGACUGUAGCAAAACAGCGACAGCAGCAACAAAGCAAUCAUCUGAUUAUUGCACCCCAAAGUACACAAUAAAACAUCGUCAUGAUGUUGAUCUCACUGAAUAUACACAUGAAUUAGAUGCUAAAUUACAUGUCUCUACACCGCGUGAACUAGUUGUAGACAUUGAAUUGCCCCUCUUGAAUUCAAGCAACGAAUGCCAAUUGGAUGUUACUGAGAAGACAGUGUUCUUGUUGAGCGAACGUGCGGGCGCUAGAUAUCGUUUGAACAUUGAUUUACCUUUUAAGGUGAACGAUAAAGAGGGUUCGGCUAAAUUUGAUGUGGACACGAGACAUUUAGUUAUAACACUGCCCGUUAUACGAGCGAGUAUAGAAAAGCAAAGGCGUAUGCAUGAAAGCCUGCUACAUUUAAGUCGUGAAGAUAGUGGUGUCGAAAGUGAUAUGCGUGAUGAAUUGUUAUCGAGUAAUAGUGAAUCGCCAGUAGAGGAAAUAAGCUCAACAACCAUGGAACAAAUCAUAAAUAAGGCUAGUGAAAACAUUAAUCCUACACAAGAGGCUUAUGAUACAAAAUCAAAAGACUUUUUACAAUCCAAUAUUGAUUAUCAAUUACCUGCCAAAUUCGAUUGUAAUGUUUUGGACAAUACCAUGUCUUAUGUAUUGCAUGUACGUAAUGUACAGGAAGACUCCUUACAAAUAAAACGUGCUGAUAAUGAAUUGCAUUUAAAAUUCAUUUCCCUGGGCAGCGGCUAUUAUCCCACACAUUAUUCAUUUUACAUCCAACUUCCCAAACAGGAUAAAGAGGCUAAAAUACUACAAGCCGAUGCUGAGGCAUGGGAAAAUAAUGUGGUGUUAAAUUUGCACUUGAACACAAGUGCCGAAAGUGUUUCUAGCUAUCUAGCUGGUUUAGAUAGUGAUCAUUUGCAAGAGCAUGUAUUGCAGCAAAAGUUAAAAGUCGCCCACAAGUCGAGACAACGACAAAAGGAACAACAGUCCUCUUUAGACAUAUCCAUAGAACGUUCGGAAUGUGAGAAAACAGUGGAAAUUGAAAUAAAAUCUAGACCGGGCGAAAUGUCUACCUGUAAUGCCAAUACCACUGAGGAUGAGGAAGAUGCCAAUGCAAAUGGUUCGGGCGAGACGUCUACCUCAAGUCAAAUGAAUCAAAAGAAAGUUAAUAAAAAACAAAAACGUAAAAAUAAAAAACGUCGUUCUCUAUCCGAGUCCGCUUGUGAUGAUAUUAAAGCAUAUCAACAGCAGCAGCAACAGUUGCAACAAAAUUCCAUACCAACUGCAGUGCCUGAAGUUAAUGAAAAUGAGCGCGAUGAAAAUGCAGAAGAUGCCGAUGAUGAUGAAGAAGAUUCUUCACCCGAACGUACAGAGAAAUCCGCAAAAUCUCUCCAUGCUACAUCAUUAUCGAUGAAUGUACCCGCAGCUAGUUCAAACGACAACUCCGGUUUGACCCAGCAACGUAAACAUCGUAGCUUCUCUGAAUCUCGUGAUAGUGCUGUUAGUUUUAGUGCUGGUAGUUCGUCUUACAAGGGUAUUUUAAAGCAUUACAGUCGCUAUGAACCCAGACCUUCAAUAUCUGAUUCCUGCGAUUCCAUUGAUGAAUAUUCAUCAUCUGCCUAUUCGACUUCUGUUGAUGGCAUGACUAGUGCUUUUAAUUCAUUGCGUUUUUCACAAUCAUUUAGUGAUAUUCCAGAGGAAAAUGUUGUUGGUCUUUCGGAAAGUUGCAAGAAGACUGUACGUUUUAGUGAGGUCAUUAAGAAGCAGGUAUUUAGAUUAGACUCGAGCAUCUUAGGACAACGUAAAAAGAAUCAAAAACGUCGUGAUCGCAAACAAAGAGCUUUGCAAAGACGUCUCAGUGAAGGAGAUUCAGCUGACUAUGAAGACAAUAAGGUAAAUUAAUCAUUUAAAUAAAUAU